ACCUAACCUGAUUGAUGAUUGCGUGAUUGUCACCGACAGCAGAGGCAAUUUCGUAUUUCAUUGAUUGCAUGCAGCAAAAUAUAUUUGCUAUUCUAUUAACAAUAUUUCAAAGCACAUAUUUCUUCAAUAAAUAUGGCUAAACAACACAUACCUCGUGUGUCCGAAACUAUCGAUUUUCCUAAAGCUGAAGAGAAAGUUCUAUCCUUAUGGAAAGAAAUUGAUGCUUUUCAUACAUCUUUGAAACAAUCAAAAGGAAAACCUAGGUAUACUUUCUUUGAUGGUCCCCCUUUUGCUACUGGGCUUCCACACUACGGACAUAUUCUUGCUGGUACAAUUAAAGAUGUAGUCACUCGAUAUGCCCAUCAGCAAGGUCAUCAUGUUGUAAGACGUUUUGGAUGGGACUGUCAUGGUCUUCCCAUCGAGUAUGAGAUUGAUAAAAUGUUGAAUAUAAAGGGGCCAGAUGAUGUUAUCAAAAUGGGUAUUGAUAAGUACAAUGCUGAAUGUAGAAAAAUUGUUGGCAGGUAUUCUUCAGAAUGGGAAGUUAUUAUGACGCGUUUAGGCAGAUGGAUAGAUUUCAAAAAUGAUUAUAAGUCUAUGUAUCCGUGGUACAUGGAGAGCAUUUGGUGGAUCUUCAAACAGUUAUUUGAGAAAGGUUUAGUUUACCAGGGUAAUAAAGUGAUGCCUUAUUCAACAACAUGUAACACUCCACUAUCAAAUUUUGAAUCCGGCCAAAAUUAUAAAGAUGUGGUUGAUCCUGCUGUAACUGUCAGUUUACCAGUUCUGAAUGAUAAGGAUGAAGCUGCUCUUUUGAUUUGGACAACUACACCAUGGACCCUUCCUAGCAAUUUAGCAGCAUGUGUCAAUCCAAACCUCAUAUAUGCCCGUGUUCUACAAAAAAGUACUAACAAGUACUACAUACUCUUAGAAGAACGUAUUGGUGCUCAUUUCCCAAAUGAGGAUGUUAUAAUAAAAGAGACCUUCCCUGGAAAAACGUUGAAAGAUUUACAAUAUGAACCCAUUUUUCCCUACUUCAAAGAUAUGCAAGAAACACAUGGGGCUUUCAGAGUACUAUGUGAUGAAUAUGUAACUUCUGAGUCUGGUACUGGAAUUGUACAUCAAGCUGCUUACUUCGGUGAAGAUGAUUACCGAGUUUGUUUGGCCAACGGAAUCAUAACAAAAGAUAUGGAGCCAGUUUGUCCCCUGGAUGCUAGUGGGAGAUUCGUCAAACCAGUAGAGGAUUUUGAAGGACAAUACAUCAAGGACGCUGAUAAGAAUAUUAUAGCUAAGCUUAAGGAGACUGGGAAACUCUUCUCUCAAUCGCAGAUCAAGCAUAGUUAUCCUUUCUGCUGGCGAUCAGAUACUCCUCUAAUCUACAGAGCUGUUCCAUCUUGGUUCAUCAGAGUUGAACACAUGCAAGAAAAACUUCUUGAAUGUUCAUCGAAAACUUAUUGGGUUCCUGAAUUUGUUCGUGAUAAGAGAUUUGGCAAUUGGCUCAAAGAAGCAAGAGAUUGGGCUGUGAGUAGAAACAGGUACUGGGGUACACCAAUCCCAAUAUGGAUGUCCCCUGAUGGUAGUGAAACCAUAUGCAUAGGUAGUAUUGCAGAACUAGAAGAAUUAACAGGGAAAAAAGUGAGUGAUCUGCAUAGAGAAUAUGUUGAUCAUUUGGAAAUUCCUUCACGCAUUCCUGGCAAUCCUCCAUUAAAACGUGUGCCAGAAGUAUUUGAUUGUUGGUUUGAGUCAGGAUCUAUGCCAUAUGCGCAGCAACAUUACCCUUUUGAGAAUUCAAAAGAAUUUGAGGAAAUGUUCCCAGCCGAUUUCAUAGCAGAAGGGAUCGAUCAAACUAGAGGUUGGUUUUAUACAUUACUUGUAAUAUCAACAGCACUUUUUGAUCAAGCACCAUUCAAGAAUCUGAUCGCUAAUGGAAUGGUAUUAGCAUCUGAUGGUCAGAAAAUGUCUAAACGUAAGAAAAAUUAUCCAGACCCAAUGGAAGUUGUCCACAAGUUCGGAGCAGAUGCUCUCAGGUUAUAUUUGAUUAGUUCUCCUGUUGUCAGGGCUGAAAAUCUUCGCUUCAAAGAAGAGGGGGUCCGCGAUAUUGUGAAAGAUGCAUUUCUACCUUGGUACAAUGCUUUCAGAUUUUUAUUCCAAAAUUUGGAAAUGUAUGUAAAAGAAAACGAUUUCACUUAUGACAAAUCAGAUUUGUCAAGUUCAAAUAUAAUGGAUCGUUGGAUAUUAUCUGCUACCCAAUCACUCUUGCAGUACGUCCGUGAAGAAAUGAAACUCUAUCAUCUAUUCAAUGUUGUACCUAGAUUAACAAAGUUCAUUGAUUACCUCACAAAUUGGUAUGUUAGAAUGAACCGUAAACGUUUGAAGGGUGACAGUGGAAAAGAGGAUUGUAAAACUGCAUUGAACACAUUGUUCAAUGUGAUUUUUAAUAUGGUACAAAUGAUGGCACCAUUUGCACCUUUUCUUUCUGAAACAAUGUAUCAAGACAUCAAGGUUGUUGCAAAUAUCCCUGCAGAUAGCAUACACUACUUAUUGCUACCCUCACCAGAUUCCAAACUGAUUGAUCUCGACAUAGAAAGGGCUAUUUCUAGAAUGCAGAGUGUUAUAGAAUUAGGUAGAGUUAUAAGAGAUAGAAAAACACUUCCUAUGCGAUAUCCCCUUCCUGAAAUCAUAGUGGUGCACCAAGAUCCUCAAUAUUUAGAAGAUAUCCUUUCACUACAAGAGUACAUUUUGUCAGAACUCAAUGUAAAGAAUAUUUCUUCAACAAAUGACAAGUCUAAAUACGGAAUCACUUUGAGAGCGGAACCAGAUUAUAAAACAUUAGGCCUUCGUUUAAAAGGAGACUUCAAAGCAGUUACAGCUGCUGUUAAAGCAUUAUCAGAUGAAGAAAUAAAUGCUAUUUGCAACAAAGGACAUGGAAUCAUUCUAGGACAUAAAAUUGAUUUAACUGAUUUGAAACUAAUAUUUAAAGUUGAAAAUUUGAACUUAGAGCAGUAUGAAGUGAAUAGUGACAAUGAUGUAUUGAUAUUAUUAGAUUGUACACCUGAUAAAGCUAUGCAAGAAGAAGGAAUAGCUAGAGAAAUUAUCAAUAAAAUCCAGAGGCUUCGUAAGAAAGCGCGCCUGGUCCCGACUGAUGAAAUUUCAGUCUUCUACAAAAGUGAAAAAGAAAUAGAUCGUAUAGCUCAAGAGUUCACUAGUUUUAUCGAGGGUACCAUUAAAGCUCCUCUGAAAAUGUGUUCUGAAAGAACAUCUAAGGACCAGUUAAUAAUUGAGGAGACUCAAUAUCUGAAGGAUUGCAGUUUAUAUAUUGCUUUAACGAAAAUAAAUGAUACUGAUGAAUCAAAUUCCAAAUGGGUGAAUUUAUAUUUAUCUGAAUUCAAACCUAGACUAUAUAAUAGCAAUAAAGCUAUGGUUCUUCUUGAAGCUGCUGGAAAGCAACUUACACUGAAAGAUCUGAACAGAGAAAUCAUUUCAUUGUUUGGUGUCAGCAAUUAUAGUUUAUGGAAUAAAAAUGGGGAAAUUACUAAUGAUGUAGAGUUACAUAAAACUGCUAGAAGCACCAUUUUUGUUUCUAAACCUAAUAAGAAACCAGAUUUUCAAGAUUCUGUUGUACCGUUUUGUAAGGUUCAUAGUUUUUCAAAAGAUAAUAAAAAUGAUAUUCUGAUAUUGGAAAACCCUGUGGGUAAUAUUCUAUUUGAUUCAUCAGAUAUCGAUAAUUGAAUAAUUU